AUGGCGCCGACACAAGCAUCCCACCUCCCCACGACCCUCCGCUCGCCGACCCACCCGCUCCUCCUCCGCACCCUGGAGGAAUCGGAUUUCGCCGCCGUCUCGGCCGUGCUCUCGGACCCGGAAAAUACAAAGUACGACCCGCACGCCUCGGCUAUCUCCCCCGAGGUGGCCAAGAUUGUGAUUGCGAGGAUGAGGGAGAGCGCUUCCGUGCCGAGCGUCGUCGACGAGGCGAGCGGCAAGGUCGUGAGCGGGCCGGGGAGGGUGAAUUUAGUCAUCGUUCAUGUUGGUGAUGGUAGCGGGGACACGGAAUCGUCGGGGGGAAAGGAGGAGCGGGGGGAGGAGGGAACGGUCAUCGGGUUCGGUGGGUACGGCGGCAUCAACGAGCAGGAAGAGGACGGGCGGAGGAUCAGAGUCGGCGACGUGGGCGUCAUGAUUAAUCCGGGGUAUCGGGGCCGGGGGUUCGCGGCCGAGGCGGUGCGGUUGGCCGUCGAGUGGGGGUUUAGGAGGGUCGCCGAGGGCGGGCUGCAGCUCGAGAGGGUGAGCGCUACGAUGAGCGAGAGGAAUGUGCCGAUGAGGGGGUUGGUUGAGAAGAGGUUUGGGUGGGCGGGGGUUGUGAAGCCUGGGAAGGGGGAGGGGGAUGGGGAGGUGUUUUUCGAGGUUACGGGGGAGACGUGGAGGAGGUGA